AUGGGCUGAGCGUGAGAGGAUUCUACAGCACCAUGACUGACGCAGAGCUCGAUAAUAUGGUCAGAGCUAUUAAAACACAGAUGCCCAAUGCAGGGUACAGGAGUGUAAAGGGACAGCUCAUGGCAAUGGGUAGCCGUGUUCAAUGGGAGAGGAUUACAGACUCAAUGCAUCGUCUCGAUGCAGCUGGAAUCCUGUCCCGACUUGCAAGGCUUGGCUGCACUGUACGAAGAUCAUACUCAGUACGAGGUCCCCUUGCAUUGGUGCACAUUGACACAAACCAUAAACUCAUCAGGUACAACCUGGUAAUAUUUGGUGGAGUUGAUGGAUUUUCCAGAAAGGUCCUGUACUUGGAUGCAGCAACCAACAACCGUGCCAAUACAGCAUUCUCCUUUUUCCUUGAGGCCACUCGCUUACAUGGUGUUCCAUCAAGGGUUCGUGGAGAUCAAGGCGUUGAAAAUGUGGACAUUGCCCAUUUCAUGUUCGAGAGACGUGGAACCGGUCGAGCUAGCUUUAUCUCGGGAAAGAGUGUACACAAUCAAAGGAUUGAAUGGAUGUGGCGAGAUGUGUGGAUGGCUGUGACUUGCAUCUUUUAUGAUGUGCUUCACACGCUCGAGGAAGAUGGUGUUUUGGACAUAGCAAACAUAAUGCACCUUUUCUGCGUGCAUUAUGUCUUCCUGCCUCGCCUUCGAUCAGCACUACAGGUCUUUGUAGCUGGCUGGAAUCACCAUCCCCUCAGAACGGAGAGAAAACACACCCCAGAGCAGCUGUGGCAGAUGGGACACCUCAACACUCCACAGGACAGUGAAGAUCUUGAGGACCUGCAAAAUCGAGAACUGGACAGGGAGGGUUCCCUGAUGACCCCAGAGGCCACUGUCGGAGGAGUUCAGGUCCCGGAAUUUCAACCGCCUCUGCCUGCUGAAGAUCUGGCAGUACUUCAGUCGGCAAUCAACCCUUUAAUUGAUUCAGAUUCAAAUGGUUAUGACCUUUAUAUACAGGUGUUAGAAUUUGUUAAACACACGCUUCAACACCCCAUUGAUUAGGUAGUUCUGGGUCCAAUUAACACAGAGAACUCAAGCCUGCAUCACACCAGGUCGUUUUUUUUGUUGCUAUUAUUUACAGAUAUAAGUGGGAGGUGAUCUCCAUUGUGCAAUUACUUGCUGGAAUUCGUCAACUUUUUCAAACAGAACAGCAGGGAUUCUUGUAUUGUCGAAUAAAAUGCUGAACUCAAAAAGACCACUGCAAUGCUUUUUAUUUUUACAGCAUAUUGAAACGCAAGAAAAGAUCCAAAACACUAAUUGGCUAUUCACAAUGAACAAUGUGGAUUCAAAGCAAAACAAUCUGAAAUAGUUAAGUUUAAAGAAAUUAGCUUCAGAUCGGCAGUCAUAGUCUCUCGCAAAGUAAAAAAAUACGCUCUUCCACAUAAAAUGAACUUAGUUGGCAAGAAUUCAAAUAGUAAACAUGCUGCAAGUUUAGGCACAGCAUCAUUCAUACCACACAAUACUCUGCAUGCUAACAGAGAGAACCACUACAUAACAAAAAAUCUGAAAGCUUAUUUAGAAUAAAAUUCACAUUUCCAUACAACAAACACAGGCGCUGCCGUCUGUACACAAAGCAAAUAGGCCUCCAACUCGACUGUUCCAACCUAGCUCUUGAAGAGCUUUGCAAUUCUAACAUGAAGAUGUAUUAGCAGGCACGUGCACAGAUAGACCCCAAGUGGUGCUCAAGCACCAGCCCUUGUGCCCUGGUUGAUAAAAAGUGCCCUUUUUUUUCUUGAGCCCAAUUUUUUUUUUUCCAGGAGCUGGAGAAAACUGUAGUCUCCCUUCUACAGAAGAAUGGUCUGGAGGUGAAAAAUAUGUAUGGCCAGGGCUAUGAUGGAGCAGCCAACAUGAGUGGCAUGUACAAUGGCCUUCAAGCCAGAAUACGCACACUGAAUGAGAAGGCCCUCUAUGUGCACUGCAAAGCACACUGCCUGAACUUGGUCCUGGUGGAAGCCUCAAAGUCAAACAAGCACUUUGUGACCUUCUUCAACCUGGUUGAGAAGCUGUAUGCCUUUUGCAGUGGCUCCUCAAAGCGCCAUGCUGCUUUAGUCAGAUUGCAGCAGUCCCUGCAUCCAA